CUCAGCUGUGUCCUUUUAUUUCAUGACUCAAUUGCUUGGCAGUCGACAAUAUUGCUAACAAUUACAUGAUCGGCGCCAGACAGUUGAGAAACUGGUGAUGUCGCGUCCACCUCCUGGCUUGGUUCCCGGGUGGAUAUGGUUCGAGACCACCGCCAUCUUCAGACACCCGUUCUUGGCUUUACGCAUUGGUAAGCUAUCAAACUUUUCUUGCUUUCUUGCUUUCUUUCUCGCUCUCCUUAUACUCUUUGUUUUAGUUCUCUGGGCGGCUUUCUUGUAGGUAUCGGGUGGAUUCGUAGAUGAUAUAGACCGGGUCAAAUCCCCCAGCCAUGUGCGUGUUAUCUAGCGCUGAAUUGGUGGGAUUGGCUGGUAACUCAAACUCAGGGCGCUCGGUUCACUCGCCAGGAUUCGCUCUUAGGGCCUUGGCAAUUCUGCGAACUCUGACCGGAAUAACUGUGACUAUCUCCAUCAUUGUGGGACUGAUAUUCCAAGACUUAAUUAGUAUGCAGAGCGCCGGCGAAACAUGUCUGCCUACUCGAAAACUGUAGGAUGUCGCUGCCACUACGGAGUAGAUUCAACACUAUCGUUUCCGUAGGUAGGGGUGGUUAAGGUGGUUUCACAGAAAUAAGUCAGCCAAUAAACAAGCAGCUGAAAAGGGUGGUAUUAGUAGCGAAUGUUCGUGAUCAUGAAGAUGGCAUGUCAAGAGGGGAAGUCAAA